CUGACACUUAUAGCGUCAUGGCCAUUGACCCGCCUCAUGGAAAUCGUCCUCCCGUCCCUGCAGCUAAGCCGCCUUCUGCAGAGUCAAAACCCCGAGGCGCAAACAGAUCAACAAAAGUUGCUGGCAAGCUCCAAGUUCUUCCCGACCAACCAGAUGUCCCGACGCAAUCCACAAUCCUCCAGGGCAAAGCAAAGCCGAAACAUACACAAAUAGCGGAAGCAGCUGCUCAAACUGAAGCAUUGAGUCCCAGUACUGCAGACAGCGAUGAAGACGAUGCAGAUGACGAGGAAGAGGAAACGGAGGAACAGGACGCCGAGGUUUACACACAAAUCGCUCAGAUCCCCGAGGGGACAGCUCGAAGAGAUGCGCUGCGGCUCACCAAGAAGAAAGCAAAGUCUUUGCCACGAGUUACCGCAUAUGCCACAGCCGCUUCAUAUCGCAUGGCUGAUCUCAUGAAGUUCUUCCAAGCCCGCGGAAGUGCAUACCACACAAAUCCACGCCUUAUUGACGAAGUGCUCUAUACAACGUAUUCGUACAAUACUUCUUCGUCCGAUUCCAAGUCCCACGCCUGGUCUCCAUCUCAAGAGGCAUCACGCACCAAAAUUGGCGAUUUGCUGAACGUACCGGAUAUACUCAUACAACAGCACGAUGGGCCUGCCGACAAUAGCUCGCAAAAGAAGAAAGACAGGAAGCGACGGAAGUUCGACGCUGGUGGAAGCAAUGAUGCCGAAAUCUUUAUGUUCGAAUAUGGAACCGUUGUUAUCUGGGGUAUGUCCGAGGCGGAGGAGAAGAGAUUUCUAUCGUCGAUAAAACGAUUUGAAGUGGAAAGACUCCCUCCUGAAGACAUGGAGAUGGAGGAUUUAAAUUACUACUAUGCGAAUUAUAGUCGGAUAUUCAACGAUGUGAUCACCCUGCGGCGAGGUUCGGGCUUCAUGACAAAGCUCUCAUUAUCGCACGCAUUGGCUCAGUCGGUUAAAAUAUCCUUGUUUGAAAUGCUGAUUUCGUCAAACAUUGAGCAUACAAAAGAUGUUCCUGAAAUAAUAAGUGAGACCGGGAAAGUGGGGAUGCCGCACAAAGAGAUCAUGCAACAAAUCGGCGAAUUGUUCCUUUUACGUAUGAAUAUUAAUCUUGUGGGCUCGGUUUUGGACGUGCCGGAAAUAUUUUGGAGUUAUCCCGAUCUACAGCCCCUGUACGAGGCGGCUCGUAGUUAUCUUGAGAUCCCACAGCGUGUACAUCUUCUGAACACUCGCGUUGAGGUAUUACAAGAUAUGCUGCAGUUGCUCAAGGAAUCUGUGUCAAGUAAACAUUCUGAGCGCCUUGAGCAAAUCGUUAUUGCACUCAUUGGUGUUGAGAUUGUCCUGGGUAUUGUCACGAUUAUCGUAGACUUGUUUUCGUAGAUGCUGGUGCAACAAGUCUUGAUGCCGCUGAUGAAUUGAAGUGGUAGUGUUCAGUAUCUGCCUAUUACAAUGUUUUCUCAUAAUUGUCAAUUGUAUAUUAAAAUUGCAUGACAAUAGAUUAUAUUGCCUUUUGUCG